AUGGACCAAGCCGAGAGAGAGACUCGUGACUUGACUACUGUCGAGUCUUUCUCUCAGCUCCCCUUCAUCCGCCCGCCAGCUCGGGAAAAACCCUCCGGAUCCAUUAGGCUUUUCGGGAAAGAAUUUGGCAGCCCGCCCACUGAGGAACAAUCGGAUCAACCGAGCAAAGACCAAACGACGAGCAACAACAAUAUGGAAAAUAUGAGCAGCCGAAGAUUUGAGUGCCAUUACUGUUGCCGCAACUUCCCCACUUCACAAGCCCUCGGUGGCCACCAGAACGCCCACAAGAGGGAACGCCAGCACGCCAAGCGGGCCCACUUGCAAGCCCACGGUGGACUCGAUGCGCACGAUUACACCUAUACUAGCCGUUUCCCUACCUCUACUGGCUAUCAUUCAUGGAGCAGGGUCUACAGCAACACCGGCCCGUAUGCUCAUUAUCAUCAGCCAGCGGCUCACGAGCCCAUCAACGGCAGCCCUCUGGCCAUGUGGCGGCCGAUCCCUCAUGGCUCGCCGUUCAGGCCGAGGCAUGCAGAUAUUAGUUCGUUUUUUAAUAAUUUAAAGGAGGAUGGGGCCCACCCGGCAAGGCAGUCAGCAGCAGCAAGUGUGGGGCAGUUAGGGUGCGAAAUGAAGACGACGAGCAUGAAGGACCAUGUGAGUUUGGAUCUACGGCUUUAG